GAAAGCGCGUUUUAGCUUACGUAUACCAGUGGAGGCGGGCUUUCAAAAUGGCGGCGGUUGAUAUGUAAACAAAUGCGCAAUAAACUUGAAGAUGAAGCUGCUAGUGAAAGCGGCGCAGGCUGCAGUGAAGCAAAGACCUAGCCAGAGACACUUUUGGGGCUGGCUCAAUGCAGUUUUCAAUAAAGUGGACUACGAGCGUAUCAAGGCCGUGGGUCCCGAUCGGGCAGCAUCAGAGUGGUUGCUGAGGUGCGGUGCCAAAGUACGCUUCCUGGGUUUGGAUCGCUGGCACGGUGACUACAACGCACUUCCCACCGGACCCCUGGGACGCUUUAAGAUCCAAGCUAUCGACGCCACUGACUCGUGCAUCAUGUACCGAGGCUUCGAUCAUCUCGAGGGUUUGCAGCACGUGGAGGAGGUGAAGCUCAACAAGUGCAUGUACAUCGAGGACGCGUGUUUGGAGCGGCUCAGCUCACUAGAAAACCUGCAGCGUAGUGUCUUCAUGUUGGAGGUGGUGUCAUGUGGGAACGUCACGGACAAGGGCCUUAUUGCUCUGCACAAACUCAGGAACCUGGAGUAUCUGUUCCUCAGCGACCUGCCGGGGAUCAAAGACAAACAGAACACAUUGGAAAGCUUAAAGACAGCACUCCCGCGCCUCGACAUCCACGUAGACCUGGACUAAAACGACAAUUCACUUUAUAUCAUUGCAUUUAUUUAUCAUCAACACGAGUCUUGUUAACAUUACGCCACAAAGCUCGUUUAUGCUCCUCCGCAAACAUUACAUUAUGAUGCAGUGCUAUUUUCCCAGAUUCACUGACAAUGUGUUGUGGUAGUUAUUAAAACACAAUAUUAAAAGAAAACAUACUGGCAAUGACUGGGUGCUAUUAUUU